AUGAGCUGGACGAGCUCAGACGGACAACUUCCGGGUCUCAAACUCGUCCCAUCCAUCUUAUUUGUCCUAAGUGCAUGCAUUCUCCUCGCAGCCGGUAUCCUUCUCUCCUGGGUGAUCAGAGCCCAGGCAAUUAGACGGCGACAGAUUGCCCUCGAGGCUCUUCGCGCUGCUGGACUAUUGGAAAUUGAUGAAACAGCAACAAGAAGCAAGUUGAAAGAUGUCCCACCCAUCCACGAGUCGCUGCUCACGGCGGGUGGAUACAUUCGAGGGUGGGAAAAGUACGAAUGGUCAGAUAUCCAGCCAAUGUCGCUUUCGACCGAUCGAGUGGCUCUCUUUGUGCGAAUGCCAUCCACUGUGGAUUCUAGGACAUUUGCAGAAGAUGAAAUAGAAUUAGGAACGAGCUCUGUAUGCAUAGACGACUACUGUGUAUUAUAA